AUGCUUGUAGUUGCUGCUGUGAAUGCCAAAGAAUCCUCAUCAUACCGGUAUGGACAGCUGGUGGAAGAUAUUAAGCCGGCUCUGAAUUUUUUUCCCAAAUGCCAAAUGGGAAUGUCGUCAUGCUUAUCCCUUUCCUGCAUACUAGCUUUCUUUUUCUUCUCUAAGCUCUGCUUUUGCUUCAAUCCAAAACACCUAAACUUGUCAACAAUUACAACCCAUUGGUCUUCUGCUGGAGCUACCUGGUAUGGCAGCCCUGAUGGCUUUGGAGCGACAGGAGGGGCUUGUGGGUACGACAAUACGGUAUCACAACCUGCAAUCUCUUCCAUGGUUACGGGAAUAGGCCCAUCUCUUUACAACUCAGGCAAAGAAUGUGGUGCCUGUUAUGAGGUCAAAUGCACCAAACACCGGUCUUGCUCCGGCAAACCGGUAAGGGUGGUGAUAACAGAUUUUUGCCCCGGAGGUCCUUGUGCGUCGGAUUCCGCACAUUUUGAUCUCAGUGGGACUGCAUUUGGUGCCAUGGCAAUUUCUAGUGAGGAAAACAAAGUUCGUGACGUAGGAGUCUUGGAAAUUGAGUAUCAUAAGCUCAAGUGCUCAAAAUUAACAUUAAUUCUAGUACAUAUGGUGCACAAAGUGGGAAUAAGAUCUACAAAGGGCAAGUUAUGA